UGGAUACUCAAAUCUCGUAAAAGCUGCAACUCUGCCGCGCCUGUAGUCGGUUUGGAUGUGUCCAGCAACCAUGUUGGUUCCACAACGUAAAGGUGCAGUGGAAGUGGCGCUGUGUAGGAACUUUUCAGUGCGGGAGGUUGGUGGAGCUGCUUCGCCCGCCCCCCGCCCGUCAAUGGCGGCGCAAGGCGGCUCGUUUGUAGGCUAGUCGCGCUCCUGCGCGCUCGCGCCUCCCUCGGUUGCUCGGCACGUUGGAGUGAACAGAGAAUCCGGCGAGCGCCUCGCACCCGCGCGGUACGCGGACCCGAGACCGCGGCCUCGGCCCGACGCUGCCGCCGACAUUUCCGAGCAUUUCCAUCUAGUUUCAAACCGAGUUCUCUUUUCCCGCCCCUCCAUAGAGGCGCCUUGUCGAAGCCCCACCCCCUUGGCGCCGUCGCGCGGAGGGCUGUUCCGCUGCGCCCCAAGGGCAGUGCCGAGCGCCAGGGGCCGAGCAGCAGCAGCAGACACACACUGUGCCCGAUGUUUAUGCGCGGAAAUACGGCCGCCCGCCGAUGCAGCGCUCGCCCCGCGGCCCCCGCGUGUCCCGGACGGUCCCGGACGGUGCCAUGGACCCCGCAGGACUCGGCGACGCCCGGCCCCGCCGGGAGAGCGACUUCCCCCCGCGAGUGCAGCAGCAGCCAGUGAUGGACCAGCGGGGGUUGGUGUGAGUGCGGAGAGAGCGGAGCAGCUGAUCAGAGCCGUGCGCGCCUCCAGAGAGGCCCCCCGCGGCCCCGGGCCCCGACCGGGGCGCUGAAGAUGCCCCAGCGUCUCGCCCUCGCCGUUCUGCUGUGCUCCGCCGCCCUCGGGCUCUGUCUGGAUACAGCGUCCUUCUACGGCGCCAGCUACAUCAAGUACCCGCUCCAGGAUGCCAAGAACACGACCGAGAUCUCGUUCCAGUUCCGGACCAAGCGCGCCGACACGAUGCUGCUGCUGGCCGCCGGCAAGACGGACUACUGCUACAUCCGGCUGGAGACCGGCCGCCUCAAGGUGCGGAUCAACCUGGGCGCGGGCGAGGCGGAGGUGGACUCUCCGCGUGGCCUGCGCCUCGACGACCUGGUCUGGCACGAGGUGGAGCUGACGCGCAAGGAGGCCGAUGUGACCAUCACGAUCGACCACAUCCACGUUAUCAAAGAGAAGCUUCCCGGACGGUUUUUCGAGCUCAACAUUCACUUUGGCGUGUACCUGGGCGGUAUGGGUGACUUCACCGACCUCUUCCUGGGCCACACGGAGUGGCUGCGAGGCUGUCUCGGGGACGUCAAGUACAACGGCAACAGCCUGCUGCAGAAGUCCCGCCAGAGGACGUCCUCCCAGAAGGUGGAGGUGCAAGUCAUCACGUGGAACUGCGCGCCAGAGUUCGACGCGUCGGUGGACAGCGACCUGAGCUUCGUGGAGGACGGCGCGUAUGUGUCGCUGCCCAACCCCAUCACCCGGACGGGCGCGCGCUGGCAGCUGCAGCUCAAGACGGAGGCGAACCAGGGCCUGCUGCUGUACAACUCGGGCCAGGGCGCGCGCGCCGACUACGUCGGGCUGGAGCUAUCGGGCGGGCGGCUGCGCCUGCUGCUCGACAAGGGCGACGGCAAGGCCGAGCUGUCCUCCGAGGUGCGCGUGGACGACGGCCAGUGGCAUACGGUCGUCGCGCACUUCAACCCCACCGCCAUGGAGGUGACCGUCGACGGGCAGACCGUGAGCGCGCGCCUGGACCGCGGCGGCAACCAGUACCUCGACCUGCACGAGGUGGUGUACCUGGGCGGCACGGAGCUGAGCAAGCGCGCGCGCGCCCUGUGGCAGGGGCUGCGCGACACGAGCUUCCGGGGCUGCAUGCGCGCCGUGGAGGUGGACGGCCGCCGCCUGGGGCUGCCGGACGCGCGCGUCACGCACGGCGUGCGCGCCGAGUGCCUGUUCGACUUCGUGUGCGCCGCGCAGCAGCCGUGCGUGCGCGGCGCGCGCUGCGAGCAGCAGGGCCUCAGCGCCUUCCAGUGCGUCUGCGACCAGCCGCUGUGCGUGCGGCCCGAGUUCGCCGACAGCUACAAGGUGUACUCGCGCGGCCCGAUGCCCGUCGACGUGGAGCUGGUCGAGCUGACGACGCUGUCGGUCGCCGAGGGCGAGAACGUCCCCGUCACCACCUCGCACGUGAACGUGGUCCUGGACUACGUUAAGUACGGCGUCCGAGACACGGGCGUGCUGAUCCGGGUACUGCAGCCGCCCGCGCACGGCAAGCUCAUCGCCGAGGUGUGGGAGCGCGGCGGCGGCGCCCCCGGCCUCGGCGCCGGCUCCGGCACGCUCUUCACCCUCCUGGACCUGGCCAAGGACAAGGUGCGGUACCAGCACGAUGGCUCCGAGAGCACGCGGGACCAGAUCGUCAUGGAGCUCGAGCUGCAGGCUGGGCCUGACUUCGUCCAGCCCGCGCACCUACAGGGCCCUCACCGCUUCGCCCUCCCCGUCAACAUCACUCCCGUCAAUGACGCGCCCAUCCUGAGCAUCCCUGCAGGGAAGACGCUGCGCCUCGCUCAGGGGACGCGGAAGGUCAUCACCCCCGAGCUGCUGAUGGCGGACGACCCGGACACGCUGCCCGCGGCCCUGGUGUUCACGCACGUGAACGCGGACAACAAGAAGGGCAGCGGGCACGGCGCGCUCGAGUGGACGUCGAGCCCGGGCACCGUCACCACGUCCUUCACCCAGCAGGACAUCAACGAGGGCAAGGUGUCGUACGCGCACCGCGGCGAGCGCGCAGAGGCCGAGGCCAGCACGGCCAGGAUCGCGCUGCAGGUCUCGGACGGCAUCGAGACGUCGGCGACGGCCUUCCUCCGGGUCUCGGCGUUCCCGCUGCAGCUGCGCCUCGUCAACAACACGGGCGUCGUCCUCACGCACCGCGCCGCCGUCACCAUCCUCCCCGCCAACCUCACCUUCCUCACCAACGCUGACGACCCCGACCUGGAGGUGCUCUACGAGGUGGUCCGCCCGCCCCAGUACGGCAACCUGCAGCGGGCGCGCGCUGCGGACGGCUCGGCGGCCGUUGUGUCCGCCAAGGGUCCGGGCAUCGACCGCUUCACCAGCCGGCAGUUGGCACGGGAGCAGAUUCGCUACGUGCACGCCACGGGGCAGCCCGCGCACGACGAGUUCAAGUUCAAGGUGUCCGUCGGCGAGGUGCGCGCGCCCACCACCUACGACUUCCGGGUCACAUUCACCAAGCUGCGGCUGGAGCAGGCGCGCCGCGUCGACCUCAAGCUGAACAGGUCGCGCGAGGCGCUGGUCACGGAACGCCACCUGCUGUACAGGACGGAGCCGCUCGCCACGGACGCCGCCAAGGUCGUGUACCACGUGGUGCAGGUGCCGCGGCACGGCUCCCUGGUGCUGGGGCUGCCCGGCGCGCCGCAGCAGCGCCAGCAGCAGCGCCUGGCGCCGGGAGACUCGUUCACGCAGCAGGACGUCAAGGAGGGCAGGCUCACCUACCGGCUGCACCGCACGGCCUACUCGCGCAUCCGGGACGAGUUCACGUUCCGCGCGAGCGCGCCCGAUUGCGAGGCCAUCCCGGGCAGCCUGGUGGUGUUGCACGAGACGGCCGGCGGUGAGGUGCCCGGGCUGGCCGUCACCCUGGAGCGGCUGCAGGUCGCCGAGGGCGGCGCCUCUAGGCUCACCACCGCCGCCCUGCGCCUCGCCAUGACGGGCGUGACCUCGGUGCGCUACGCCGUCACCAGCGGACCCUCGCACGGCUGGCUCAAGGUGUGUUCUGUGAAGGUCUCGGCGCCCACCCUGAGGCUCAACGCGACCGAGUUCACCUCCGCGGAGCUGGCCGCCGGCCAGGUCGAGUACUCGCACGACGACUCCGAGUCGCAGCACGACGCCUUCCACUUCGUGGCCAUGUCCAGCGAGGCCGAGGACUUCAUGUACGCCGGCACGCUCCACAUCGACGUGGUCCUUAAGAACGACAACGCGCCGGUGCGCGCCGUGGACCGUGUCUUCCGAGUCGUCACGGGUGGCGAGCGCCUGCUCACCGGCAGGCACCUUAAGUACACUGACGCCGACCUGGACGCAUCCCCGGAGAAGAUAACGUACCGCCGGCGAGACAUCCCCAACGGCGGGCUCUACCGCGCCAGCCAGCCCGGGGUGGCCGUCACGGAGUUCACGCAGAAGGAUCUGGACGACGGCCGCCUGCUGUUCCGGCACCACGGCGCGGAACGCGGCCGGGUCGACUUGUGGGUGACGGACGGCCAGUUUGUGGCGAACGGCGUCCUGGAGGUGGUGGCGUCGCCGCCGUACGUGGAGGUGGCCAACAACAGCAGGCUUUUGGUUCGCAACGGCGGCGCCGCCCAGUUCAGCACCUCCAACCUGAGCGCCGACUCCAACGUCAACUCGCUGCCGGAGCACCUGCGCUUCGAGGUGCUGGAGGGCCCAGGGCACGGCCGCCUGUUCCUGCGCGACCCGGGGGUCGGCGCGGGGGCGACCGCGGCCGCGGGGGCGGCGGGGGCGGGCCGGCCGCAGCAGGCCGCGCAGCAGGCGGUACACUUCACGCAGCGCGACCUGGAGGCGGGCCGCCUCUGGUACCAGCACGACGCCAGUGACUCGUUCUCCGACGCCUUCCGGUUCCGGGUGGACGUGCCGGGCUCCACCGUGGAGGGCCGCUUCGAGGUGCGCGUCUUCCCGUCCAGCUACUGGGAGCCGUUCACGGUGCACGCCAACGAGACCAUCACGGUGGAGGAGGCGACGAGCGUGGCCGUUACGUCGCGCUUCCUGGACGUCCGCCAGCGCCACGUGCCCGCCACGGACAUCACCUUCGUCGUCGUGGAGCCCCCGCAGUUCGGCUACCUCGAGAUCGAGUCUCAGGCGCAGGCCACGUCCACGGAGGACCCUCGCGCCCUGCUGCCCCAGCAGCCCGGCCAGGCCUCCGUCACGGUGUUCGAGCAGUCCCUGGUCAACGAAGGUCGCGUCCUGUACGUGCAGACUGCCCCCAACCAGACCCAGGACCGCGUCGUCGUGGACGUGACCAACGGCAUCUCCUGGAUGCGGGGGCUCGUCGUGCGCCUCGCCAUCAUCCCGGACUCGCUGUACCUGGCGACCGGCGAGCUGCGCGUGUCCGAGAACUCGCUCGUUGCGCUGCCCGCCAACAUCCUGACCGUGCUCACGGACUACUACCGCAGCCGCAUCACCGAGUACGUGGUGGUCUCGCCGCCGGCCGCCGGCCGCAUGCAGCACGCGCGCGAGCCCGGCCAGGCCAUCACUAAGUUCAGCCCGCAGCAGCUGCAGGCGGGGCUCAUCCAGUAUCAGCACGACGGCAGCGAGACUCAAGAGGACGCCUUCUCCGUGUCGGCCGUGGCGGGCGACCGCAGCAGCACGCCGGCCAGGAUACGGGUGGUCGUCGCCCCCGUCAACGACCAGCCCCCCAAGGUCGUCAACAGCAGCAGCGUACAUCUCUGGCGCGGGGCCAGCGCGCCCAUCUUCACCACCAACCUAGCCGUCGUGGACUCGGACACUUCCCCGCACAACGUGUCCUUCAAGGUGAUGAGCAUACGCGCCGGCCAUAUCGCCUUCGCCAACACGCCCGCCGUGCCCAUCACCAAGUUCACCCAGGCCGACAUCAACAGCAACAACAUAAUUUUCGUUCAUUCCGGCGUGCCCGAGUCGGGACGCGUCGAGCUGAGGGCGAGCGACGGCAUGAAGGAGACGGAGGCCAUCAGCCUGGAGGUGCAGUCGGAGCAGCCGGACUUCAAGGUGGCGGCCAACGAGGUCCUGCACGUGUUCCCGAUGCUGCGGAAGUGCAUCACCGCCGAGCACCUCAUGGUCGUCACCACCGACCCCAACAGGAACCUCACGUACAGCGUCAGGGUGCCGCCCACGCAGGGCAGGCUGCUGCUCAUCUCGGAGCGCGUCGGCGAGGCCGCCAGCUCCGUGUCCGGCGGGCGCGGCUCCUCCGGCAGGGAGGUGCUCAACUUCACGCAGCGCGACGUCAACAUGAGCCGCCUGUGCUACCAGCACACCAGCCCCUUCAAGGACCUGCAGGCCAACGACUCGAUCGAGUUCGACGUGACGGCGCCCUUCAUCGACACGCUCACGAACCAGGUGUUCCGCAUCGAGGUGUCCGUGUCGAGCGGCGGGCUGGACCAGUUCGUGAGCGUGUCGCAGCUCAUCGUGGAGGAGGGCGGCACCGCGCCGCUGCUGCUCAACACCAGCACGGUGCUGGACUUCCUGCGGCGGGACGUCGGCAUCGAGAACCCGCUGAUCCAGGUGCAGGUGGUGUUGCCGCCGGUGCACGGGGCGCUGUGCGUGCGCACGGUGUGCAACGCCACGGCCACGACGCCCUUCACGUCGGCGCAGCUGGGCGCGGGCGAGGUGGUGUACCGGCACGACCACUCGGACACCACCUGGGACGAGGUGGCGCUGUCGCUGCUGCUCGCGCCCGGCGACGUGCUCCUGGGCAACGUGUCCAUCCCCGUGACGGUGCUGCCCGUCAACGACCAGCCCUUCCGCCUGGCCGAGCCCAGCCCGCACCUCGCCGUCGUGCAGGGCCAGGCGGCGCCCGUCACCCGGAAGCAGCUGCUCACCGAGGACGCGGACACGCGCGCCGAGGAGCUCGUGUACGACGUGAUUAGCAACCCCAGCCAGGGCCGGCUCGUGCUGGACGCGGCCCCGCCAGCCGCCGGCGCGCAGACAACCGCGGCCCCGGGCGCCGUCGUCUCCGUCGGCCGCUUCUCGCAGGCUGACAUCGACGAGAGCAGGCUGUGGUACGUGCACGACGGGCCGCUCCAGCCCGACAGCUUCUACUUCCGGGUCUCGGACGGCAAGUUCGCACCGGUCUACACAGUCUUCAACAUCGAGGUGCUGCCCCUGACGCUGAACGUGUCGGUGCGCGCCGCGCUGCGCCUGCAGCAGGGUUCCAACGUGGCCGCGCUGUCCGCCGACAACUUCCUCGUGUCGACCAACGGGCGGCGCGACGCGGUGCAGUACAACGUGACGCGGGCGCCGCGGCACGGCGCCGUGUUCCUGUCGGCCGCGAGGGACCGGCCGGCGGCGUCCUUCAGCCAGGCCGACGUGGAGGCGGGCCGCGUGCUGUACAUGCAGACGGACAUGACGGCGUCCUCGGACGCCAUGGAGCUGUCCGCCUGGGUGCCCAGCAGGCCGGCCAGCGUGCCCGCGCUCGUGCUCAACGUGACGGUCGUGCCGCUGGUGCGCCUCGGGCUGUUCAGCCCCAUCGCCGGCCUCAAGACCCGCCUGGACCUGUCCGCCCUGGACGCCUCGCAGCUCGCCAAGGUGACGGGCAGCGACCCCGUGUACCGGGUGCUGCGCCGGCCGCGCUUCGGCAAGAUCAGGAGGAUCGUGCGCAGCUCCGGCUCCUCCAGCGGCGAGCAGCAGCAGCGCAACGGCACGGCGCCCACGGCCGCGCCCGGCGCCUCCCCAGCCGUCCGCGAGCGCGAGGUGGAGCGCUUCUCGCACCAGGAGCUGCGCGCCGGGCUCAUCUACUACGUGGGCAAGCGCACCGGCCAGCCAGGGGACGAGGACUCGAUCCUGUUCGAGCUGGCCGCGUCCAUCUUCCAGCCCGCCUCGGGCGAGCUGCGCUUCCUGCUGCGGUCCGAGUUCGGGCCGCCGCCCACGGCCUUCGUGCCGCAGCGGCCGCGCAUCCCGGGCCCCAAGGGCUCGUACGGCGUGCUGGGCUCGGACACCGUGGUGGUGGCCAGCCCCAACAUGAGCAACGACUACUUCCUGCUCGUCAGCAUGGUCGCGGGCGUCGUGGUGCUCGCGCUCAUCGUCGUCGUGGUCAUCAAGUGCCGCGCCGGAUCAGUCCAGGGCCUGCACGACGGGCAGAACGGCAAGUCGGACAUCACGGACCGGUCGCUGGGCCCCAUGCCGCUGCCACGGCCGCCCGACGACCUCAUGCCCUCGUCGCCGAGGCCGAAGCACUUCGGGGUGCCGUCCCUGUCGCUGGCGUCCACGCCCACUUCCAUGCCCGUCCCCCAGUGCAAGGUCAUACCCCUGGGCCCAACGGGCGGCAUCGGCGUGGACUCGGUGACGAGCUCGGAGCCCGAGCUGAACGUGAACCUCCGGUACCCCUACGGCGCCGACGACACGCCGCUGCCGCUGCCCCUGCCCCAGGAGUGGGGCAGCACGUUCGACGCGACGGCGGGCCUCGCGCCCUCGCCGUCCGACAUCUCCUUCGGCACGCUGCCCAGCCAGGCGCAGGCGCGCGCCAGCGCCAACAACCCCCUGCUCAGGAGGAACCAGUACUGGGUCUGAGGGCGGCCUGGGCCGGUCGGAAACGGGCCCGGACCCUCGGUCUGGGCCUCGGCCGGCUCAAGGACUCUGCGAUAGGGGCCCCCGCAUGUGUCCUGGAUGUGACUUCGACAUCGCAGGAGUUGGACUGCACAGAGCAGAGCGAUGCACGCCUUGUCUCAGUUCAAGCCUUUACCGUUAAAGUGAGCAAGCUGUUUUCUCAGCGCAAGGCCUGUCUUGUUUUUGUUGUCGUAGUGAGUUUUGAAGGGAGUCAUCUUUUGAACACAAUUACGCUGUGUGUGGUCGUUUAUUAUUCCGUUCAUGUCAUCCUAAGGGUCCAAAAAUGUUCAGUUCUCUUCUUCUCCACAGGGGCUUGAUCUCAUGCAUGGAGCAAAACUUGUUGUCCAAAGUUCUGUUGACCUGCUUUUCUUUUAUGAAUCUAUAGCUGACAGGUGUUUAUCAAAUAUUGAAAAAUACGAGCAAAUCGUUCUGACUGAGUAAGUGUGAUGUUUGCCAUGUGUACCUUAAGACUCUUAUGUUGUGACGGCUCAAAUCUUAUCACUGACUUCAUUCUGAUCUGCUCAAAAUCCUGCACAAAUUCCCACUCACAUAUUUGAGUAUUACUCACUACAUCAUAGAAUGUUUUAUACCUCUCUGUAAGGAAAUGUUUUGGAAUUCCCUACAAACUGUAUUGUGCCAAUGACAGCAUAUAUCUUUAUUGAUAUGUAGCUAUAUGACUGAAGCACUUAAGCACCUAAGGGAAUGUCAUAAUUAGGAAAUUUUGCAAGGAAAAUCUUUUUAAAAUUGAUAAGAUUUGUUUUCGUAGGUGUGUAGUGUAUUAGGAAUAUCAAUAGUAAAUAUGUAUUUAAAAAGUUGUCUUGUGUCUAGGUAUGUUUUUUACAGACUUGAUUAACUAUUGUAUAAUAAAUGUGCCAAACAUUUACAAUACUGAACUGAAAUAUUGUAUGUGUGCCUGCAUUGCAUCAACGUUGUUGUAAAUACAUAUAUGUGUCAAGCUCUCGCUUUCAUUUUCUGGUCAAAAUUAUGAGAAAGUUUAAAGAAUACAGGUAGUGUUCCCAAAAUUUGUUUAACGAUUGGUCAUUUUAAGACUGCAAUGUUCUGUACUAUGCUCUCUCCUGUUUUUCUUUCAAAAUAUGUACUUGCGCUCCUAAAAAAAUAUUUGAAGACAAUAGUGUUUUUAUUUAAAAGCAUCGUUAUAUUUUUUCUUGUACAUAAAAGUCAGAAUGCUAUAUAACUGCAGUUGGUCUAAUGUAAUUUUGUUGUUGACUAUGAGUGAGUUUAUAUGGUUUGGUUUUAACUACUGAGCUAAAGGUUUGAAUGACCUUAAUCAGUUUGCGGCUGUUAAUUAUGUUAGUGUUACAAAUUUUAAAUUCCAAAGGUUAAGAUAAGUUCUAUGUAGUUUUGAUUUCAUAAUCAGGAAAAUUAGAUUUUCUUGUGUAGUUAAGUGUUACUUUGUUGACAUAUUCUGUUUAACAUUAUUAUUAUCACCAAGGGAAACAUUUUUGUCAAAAAAUAAUAUUGUGAUCUCUUUACAAGCUCACACUUUUUGCUCUUGAUAGCACAAGGUAAGGUCACUGGUAGUGUCAAAAAACGUCUUGGUUAGACAACAGUGACCUCCUUGACAAUUUUGUAACAAAGCCGUUUCCCUAGGGGUUUUCUUCAGUCUCAGCCAAAAUUGAUUCAGAAUUAAAGAACUUGCAUCAAGUUGCAUGUUCUCAAGUAAAAUUUAAGCUCACUGAAAAGAAUGUAAAAUUAUUGCACAAAAGUGCAGUAAGGAAACUUGUGAACUUAGUAAAGUUUCUGACAAAAUCAAAGCUCUAAUAAAUUCUUGUGCAGAGGUUAGAUAGAUCUUCACAGAAGACAACAUUAUUUAUGAAAAAUGCAAUGGGCAGACACAAACCUCAUUUAAACCUAUGUGGUUUAUUUAAACCUAUGUGGUUUACACACAAAUUCUACAAUUGAAGCAUUUCAUCCUGGUCAUGGUGCUCUGGCAUUGUGGCUCUAUAGUCUGCAUCUAUUUUCAAAUAAUUUUCUAAUGUCACUUUUUUUUUUUUGAAACACUGAAAAAUUGGGCGUAGAAACGCUACGUAGAUAACCAGUAACCACUGAUAUAAAGAAAGAAAAUAGCCACCUCAUUUUCACCAUGUUUUUCAUAGAUUUAUUAUAGCCCUCUUUUGUAUCAUUUUUGUCUUGUAGUUGAAUAUCCUUAAAAAUAUUUAUGUUUGAAUUUGACUAGCUCACUUCAGCACCAUACUGAUAGCAGACAUAUGUUUGGCUGUUCUUGUUUAAGUUUGUCAAAAAUAAAAACGACUACCUCUAUAAAA